GAGGUGACCAAUAUGUUCAAGUGUGCUUUUCUUGUUCUUGUCUUUGCAGUAUCGUAGUCGUUGGAACCGAGGAUUUCGGAAUGCUCCCUCUUGAGGGAGGGACAGUGCUUCAACCCAAAUCUUCUUGUUGAUGUGGGUCCCACAGUGACUUUUGCUCGAGCUGGAUUUAUUUUAAAUGUGCUCGUAUUAUGUUUAAAUCAGCGAGAUGUGAUGGAAUUACGCUGAAGUCGAUGGUAAUGAACGUCACAUUUCUCCUGGUAACAUUUCUGAUUUUGGAGCAAGCUUACGGAAAGAAAAGGGUUGUCAUCCACGUUCCAAACAAGAUAAACAACAUCCACCACCACCAUGUGAAGAAGGUGAUCGUCUACAAACCGGUGCCGGUGAAGUGUCACCACGAGGAGGACAAACACGACUGGCAGGAGGGCUGGGAGUCGACUCAGAAAGAUGAGUGGCUCGAUAAGCGCCCGUCUAUCCCGAUCCCGGUCAAACACCCCGGGCAUCCCGGCCACCCUGGUUGGCCCAUCCCGGAGCUCAUCAAGACGACAGGAUACGUGAGCGGAGAGCGCAUCAGCUCGGAUACUUGGGAUGCCACCGGGACCUCCACCGCCGCCGUCAAAUACCCCAAAAUCCUCGAGGAGGACGAGGCCGACCUUCACCCCCUUCCGAGCAAGAAGCGACCCCUUCCACCGAUCGUCAACGACCCCUCCGACUGGAAGCUCUGGUCCCCGGGUGACGUCACGCCCCACGCCGUCGCCCCUCCCAAAAACCCCCCGCCCGGCCCUCGGCUCAAAGCCCCCGUCGUCCAACCCCCGAAAGAACACAUCGUUACCUAUAGAGUGGUCAAAAAGAAGGUCACAAAACCGAAAGUAAAAAAACCUCCCCUAUCAUCGACCGAGGUCAAACCGAAACCCAUUCUCCAAUCCCACUACUCUAAUCAGGGUGUUAAGACUGCCCAAUAUCCGCCUCACUCAUAUGUUCAGCAACCGAGUUACGAGGAGGACAUGUACAUGGCUAGUAGUAGUAUCAAGCCACAUGAUUACCCCAAGACGCAACAAAGCUCUUUGUACAGUUCGCCCUACUCCGGGCACAAUAAUCCACAGCCACCCCCACAACCUGUAUUGAGUCAAAAUGUGUAUCAUAAUAAUUACUCACCGUCGAGCACAGUGCAGCCUUAUUACGACCAGGACCCAUAUUUUACCAGUAGUAGUAGGCCUUACGUCAAUCAAAAUUACGCGAGGCCGUAUUACGAUCAGGCCGAUGCUUAUUCUGCGCCGAAAGGUCACGGGAUACAGAAUGAGCAGGAACCGUUUUUAUUGAAUCCUCAUAAUAUCAAAGCGUUGCUGGACCAGAAUGUCCAGGUAUCGGAGUCGAGUAGACGGAAGCCGAGUUACGAUUUGAAUAUUCAUAAUCCGAGUAAAGUUCGGCCGAAUUCGUCAUCGUACCAAAUGCGGUACUCGCAUUUGAAUAGUACCACGCCUACGGCAUAUUUAAUUAACCAUUAAGAUUAUGUUAGACUGAUUUAGCAAUUUCGUCAUUCAAUAUAUUUGUUUUUUCCAAAAGCACGAUGGAGUAAAAAAUUAAUGAAAGGAAUGGACACUUCAAGAUUUAGUUGUACGUUAGUGUUUUGUUUGGAAACAUCAAUUCAUCGAAUG